UCCAAGGCCACCAUGUCACCUUACAUAUGUGUGUUCUCCAGGGUUCAGGCACCUAAUUAGUGGAGACAAUGUAGAUAAAUCUCUGAUAAUUUUCAUAUGACUUUACAUUGUGCCUCUUCAUAUAACCUUGUGGUGGGUCUACCCACGUGUGACCUCUGUUUUCAUGGGACUUUGUAUCAAAGCCUCAUUUAGAAACUUUGCAUUGCCCUUGGUAUAAUAUUAUAGCCCCUAAGGAUAGAAUAAGAUAGAAAAAUUUCUUUUUGCUAGCAGUAGAACAAGAGCUCUCCCCGCCCCCACCCCACUCUUAAUCAAUUGCCCUGUUAAAUGAAUGAGGUGUGGAUGAGCAAGGCAUGGAAGGCAGCACCUCCAGACAGCCUCAACUAUUGGAGAGGGGCUGGGAGCCAGACCCAAGGACAAUAAAAUGUGUCAAGUGGGCUCAUUAAAGACAAGCAGACAUACCGAUGGCCUCGGGGGUUAGAAGCAAGCACCUUCUUUUGGAAACACCCUCUUUGCAGCAUUGGGACAACACUCAAAAGAAAGCAGCACAAAGGACCAAUGGACACAGACACAGAGUUUGAAUCUGGUCUAGAUUUGCAUAAGAGGAAAGCUGCUAUAAAAGUGAGGUGUCUUGCAGAGGACCCCGGGUCUCGUCUUGUCAACAUGGGAGCAUCGAUCCGGAUCGGCAGAAGUCCGGCUCCACCCCAUCCCCCAUCUAGCUCACCUGGCCAGUGAAGUUAAGGGGAGCAACUAAUUGUAACUGCUCAGAAUGAAAAAAGAAAAAGGAGCUGUACUCAUUUUCAUGUCAUUUCCCCUCAAUUGAAUAAAGACUUUACUCUUUCUGUCCAGGUACAAUGGAGAGUUCUUCUCUGGAAAUUGACUUACUUGAUACCAAUGAAGAAGGAAAACUUUAUGUGGUUGAUUCCUUAAACAACCUAAACAAACUGCACCUAUGUUCCGAUGGAUCUCAACACCUGUUAACAGCCCAGGAAGAAGAGAACACUGGCGGUUUGAUGACAUGGAGCAGCAUAAGUUGCCAACAUUUGUUCUUUGUCACACUGAUCAUUAUUUUGAUUGUCAGUUUGGCGCUUGUUUCAUUUGUAAUAUUCUUAACAAUUCACACUGGCAACAAGAUGGAUGAAGUGACAAGCAGACUAGCAUUUGAAAGGAAGAACACAGAAGAUCUUAAGAAUAUAAACAAUAUGAUAUUAAAGCAUCUAAACCAAUCAGGAAUUAUGGAGAAGGAAGAAAAUCUCUUCACAGGUCAAACACCAUCCACUCCUUAUCUUCGUAACUAUUUAUUUCCCCGUUCAAAGCUGGAAGCAACAGUGCAGUAGAUCCCCUGUGCAAUGAAAACUAUUCUCUCAGUCUAUUCAUUUGCUUUCAACUGUACUCCCAUGUAACCAGGUGGGUUAUUUAAUUAUUCAGAUUUAGCAGGUGCCAUAACACUUGAAAAGCAACCUGAAGAGAAUGGAGCUAUAACACUGCACAGAUUUACAUCCACCUAGCUUGAAUAUAUGGUGGAUACAACAUGUUUAGCUCUGGCAUUUGACUCUGAAAUGCUUCACUAUGGCUCCACUCCUGCAAAUAGCUCAAUGUGAGCAAAGCAUCUUGCAGGAUCUGGGCCCAAAUUUCUAAUAGCUUCUAAAUUUAAAACAGAAAAUAGUACCUGAUCCUGGUUUAUAUGUGUAAAGUUCUGCAGGAUUGGGCAAUUAGGCUUGGCUCCUGGAAUUUACAAUGAAUGGGGUGGACAGUCAAUGGGUCUCCAUGCAUAGGCGCCAACUCCAGGGCUGGAGCACCCACGGAAAAAAAUUGGUGGGUGCUCAGCACCCACCGGCAGUUCUGCCCCACAGCCCCAGCUCACCUCCGCUUCCACCUCCUCCGCGAGUACACUGCCACGUCCUGCUUCUCCCCCCUCCUCCCAGUGCUUGCGCUGUGAAAAAGCUGAUUUGCCGGUCAGGGAGGGAGGAGAGGGAAUGCAGCGAGCUGAGGGGAAGAGGCGGGGCCAGGGCAGGGAUUUGGGGAAGGGAUCCAUUAGGGGCAGGGAGGGGGUGGAGUUAGGGCAGGGCCAGGGCCACCCACUGGCCCCUGAGAAAGUUGGUGCCUAUGUCUCCAUGUGGUCGUAGGGUCAGGGCCUCUAGGUUUUACUGCCCACAAAAGCAAAUGGCUGUUUUUCUAUUAGAGAACAAUUCAGUUUUCAGUGAGAAGUGGUUGAACUCAGAUCCUGUUCAGUGUGUCUUUUUAUCCAGAGUAAGUGCUACAUUACUUGUAUAUUGUUUGUAUUAAGAGGAUUACACAACUUCUAAAAUAUUCCUGAUUCUGCCACAUGGCCUGAUGUUUUACUACUGCUUCACUAAAAAUAUCAACAUGCAGCUUAGUUUAAAAUAUCAAAACCUAAAAAAAAAAAAAAAAGAAAUAAUUCUGUAACAUGACAAAUCCAGGCCAGGCUGGUAAUGACUAAAGGUGAUUGUCAAUUGUUUGUGGCUUCAUGUGUGAAAUGAUGUUACCCCAAAAUUUGGAUCCAAGGCACCCUAAUAAUUGCCUGCCUAUAAUUGUAAACCAAUUGUUAAUUUGUCCCACUGAAGUGGGUAACAGGAGGUGGCCCGCCCUAGAGGAAUUGCUAGGGUUUUACCAGGGAGUUUGUCUCUGAUCCUCAAAGGGCUCCCCAGAACAGACUGUGAGAGGAUACGGAUACAGCCUUCUGCUCAAAGGAUUGGCACUCAAGCAGUAAUUCUUCAAAAACAAAAUAUUUAUUUUAAAGGAACUAAUCAGUUACAAUACACUUAAUAAUCAAGAAAGAAUACACUGCAAUACAUGACACAUUUCUAAAUGUAAUGCAAUUGUGUUAUGCAAUCAUAUACUAAGCCGACGCAAUAGACUACACAAACCAUAUAGCACAUACAAUGUUGCAUGAUACAGUACACAUUGACCCCUUAUACAUAUGUAUCAAGCCUUAAUACAAUGCUGCAAUACAAUAUUAAACCUAUUACAAUGUAACACACAGAUCCCAUAUACAUAGUGUGGCAGAGCUCUGACCUUGUCCCUGUGGGUCCUGCGCUUCUAGGCGGUAUAUGGUAGCCUCAGUGGCUCUCUGAGGCCCUCCACGUAGCCCUUCUCUCUCUAGGGCCAGGGUUACAGUCUACUGAGCCCUUUUCAUCAUCAGCCAGCAAGGAGGUUGGAGAGAGAAUUCCCACAGUCUCUGUUGUCCCUAGGGCUUGUUUUAGAACAGUUUAGCCUCCUGUCCUGACAGGGACCUGACUUCCCCUCCCAGGAGGUGUUCCUGUAGUGGUGGGUUGGGGAGAACCCGGGCCCGCCUUCUACUUUGGGUUCCGGCCCAGAGACCCUAAUGGUAGCAACUGUUGGCAGCCAACCUUUCACUGCCAGAGUUGCUACAUUUCCCUGGGCCACUUCCCCACAGCUCUACUUUAUCUUAGGGCUCCCUUAUCAAUAACUUGAGGGUGUCUUCAUUAACCAGCCCUUCAGCUACACUUCCUCUCUGCCUGACUGCAGUGAGCCCUUUUUAUAGUAUCAGCAUGGUCUUAAUUAGAGUCAGGUGGUCACAUUAGCUUAAUGGCCUCACCUGACUCUUUGCAGGUUAAUUGGAGUCAGGUGUUCUCAUUAGCCUAGAGCAGCCCCUGUUCUGGUCAGGCAGGGAACAGAAAACCGUUAAUCCAGUGGCCAGUAUAUCUGCCUUCUGCUACACCCAACUGGCCUGGGUCUAUCACAAUAGGUAUAAAGCAACAUUACACCUUAAAGAACAUUACUAAAUAAUAACAUUCUAUGUGUGGUGAUCAGGCAAUCAUAGAAUGGGUGGGGUAAAAUUCAUUCAGAUGCAGGCAUCCAGCUUUAUUUACAAUCAUACCCAUGCAUUCCUUAUAAUUAAGAAGGAAUUAUACUUACUCUCCUUCUAGAAUCCCUCUGUACCAUCUAUGUUCCUUCUGCUCUGUCUCUGGGGGUGGUCCGCUCUCUGCUGUGCUUCUUCUGCUCCACUCACACACCCACACAAAAGCCAGCCAACUCUCUGCCUUAUAUACAAUUUUUGGCCUUCUCUGAUUGGCUGCUUUCUCAAUUCCAGCUAUUAGCAUAGAUCCUCCCAGUGGGGCAAUACCUGCUUAGCCAAUCAGCUCUACCUGUCAUGAACUAGCUGAACCUAGUUGAGAUCCUGCUCCUGACCCCUCCCUUCAAGUAUUCUGGAGUGAACUCAGCCUUACCCUAUUUAACUUUAUUUCACCCUAGUCGCCUGUCUGCUAUUGGUCAAUUUGAUCUGAGUCCUCCAUUUUGAUUUUUCUAAUGUAAAAACAUUGCUGUCGCCAUUUUAGAUUUCUAGUGAUACCUACUCAUUUAUUACUUAGGGUUACCAUAUUGCAGUCCUGGAAAAAGAGGACACUCCAAGGGGCCCCAGCCCCACCCCAACUCUGCCCAUUCCCUGCCC